UCUGUGCUUUUUACAUUCUCUGUCCAGGGUAAAACUGUAAUGUGUCAAACAGUGAUGGCGAUUGGGAUAACUGGCAUGAGGAAGAGACAGUAUUCCGUGUUUUCUUGGCAUGUUUUAGAAGAUUAAAGACAAACAGAUAUGGUUUGCUUGGCGACAUUUCCACAGUAUUCGUCCAGUCACUGUUAUUGUAAACGGUGCAGCGACUCGUCUAAUGGGUUCUUCUCUUUUAUAAAAUUGUACAUCCUCGUUCCCUUUCCUUGCGAAUUUUCUGUGAAAUGUCAAGAAUAUUUUUAUUAUUUACUGUGAGCAUUUUUGGGCGGAACCUUAUUUUCUUUUUGAUUCUCUCAUGAAUAAAAAAAAAAAACCUCUCUGCGGAUUAUAAAAAGCUGGCAUUUAAAACACAUUUCAUUUUAACGUGGUGAGGCCUGUAUUUAAAAUUCAAUGCCCUGUUCAGAUCUUUAUUUAUUUUAAUGCAUCGACAGAUUGUUUUAUUUUUUAUUUUUUUAUAGCCUACAUAUUCAUUUAUUAUCGUAGUAUUUUGAAACACUGAUGUUUGUCCUGGAAUUUAGACUUAGACUAUCAUCUACAAGUGAGUUAGGCUACCUUUUGUAAAUGUAAUGUUUGGUUUGUUCUAAAGUUGAUGUUUGAUAUUUUAUGUCAUUUUAUUUCUAUAUUUAGAUUUUUUUUAAAUGUACGUUUAGAUACUCUGUAGUUGAAAUUAGAGGUCAAACUUAAGAGUUUAGCCCUUGGAAUUCAUUUAUGAAAGAGGUAGGCUAAAUUUGCGCCUCAUUAAAUAUCUACAUUAUUUCACGCCUAUUGUAAAUGUACUAUUACACCAUAUCUAUUGGUUUUGUGUUAUUAGUGCUCUAAUAUUUCUUGUUUUGUACUUAGUUAAUACUAAGUACAAAACAAUUUUAUGAGCAGCUAUGCGUAAUUUUACUACCCACAUGCUGUUUUAGGCAUACUAGGUGUUUUUAUUUGUUGAUGAAUUUUAUUCUGUUAUGAAGACUCAAACAAAAAGAGGUAUUGAUAAAACAUGCAUCUAAGUGUGAAAAACACCGCUACACCAAACAAAGCACCACAUCAAUAUUUUACUGUCUGAAUUUUCUGCUCUGAUUUUGAUGACUUUGAAGAAACAAAGGUUAUAGUUAAGCUUAUUUAUUUUUUGAAUGUCUGUUAUCCUAUUGAAGGGCUGUGCUUGGUGUCUAAGACCAACACACUGUCACGGUGAAAUCGUAAGGAUUGCGAUUUGUGAAAUUUUUUUUUUUUUUUUCUUGAAAAAGUUUUUCAUUUUUAUAAAAUAGAAUGUAAUGGUAAUAGAUGCAUGUUAAAAAUAACUAAUUACUUGAGUGCUUUUAAGUGUCAACCAAGCCCCCCCAGCCAUGACAACUAUUUCAAAUCUACUGAGUUUGCAUGGAUGAUUUAUAGAGAAAUACAAGACACAAAAUUCAAACCAUUUUAUUUGGUUAAUUUUCUUUUAGUAAGUUCAUUUAGUUUUAUUAUCUAUAACUUACACUGAACAUGGAAAACUACAUUUACAGUAAUCCUCAUUCAAGGGAUUGCUACAUGUUCACCUUAUUUUGAGAUAGGCUUAAGCUCACUCUAUUGAGCUUAGACACAUUUUGCACAGCCUCUUAUGUUGUGGAUGGAAAAUAUGUGCACAAAAGUGAUGAGCACAAGAAGGCGAUGUAAAACUGUCUGAAGAUGUAAAAAUGCAAUCGAAUGCAACCAUUACUGAUACAAAUACUGAUUAAAACGGGUGUUUUAUACCGUUUCCUGUGAUUUAUACUGCUUGUUGCAGCAAUAUGAACUUUGCAUUAAUGACGGUGGUGGUGGUGGUGGGUUGGGUUUGGUUGACCCUGGUGCCCCCUCAAAAACAUUAGGUGCAUGACGCCCCUCUGUGCAUCUUUUAAUACUAAAAUGCAAGGAAUGUAUAUGCCACAGAACAUAAGACUCAGUGACUAACUAAAGAGAACACCAACUGAAGUUCAGAGAAAGUAAAACUACAUUGUACUGUUGAAAUGUCAGUUAUAUUAGAGCAUUUAGAAAUGUUAUGCUUAAUGUUUUGGGAAUCUUUGAAGUAAUUCUGUUCUCAGAUGGAUAUUUGGUUGAUAAGAGGGGCUUGUAACACUUAAGCAGUUGCUAUUUAUGAAGUUGCAAGUUACCCCACAAGGUUAAAAGCUACUGAGAUUUUUUUGUUUGCUGUGUUUGACUUGAACUCCCUGUAUCCAUGAACAUUAUGAUGAGAAGCUGGAUGGCACUUAAAUAGCAUGGAGACACACUGUUACACUAUGAAUGAACUGACUUGUUUUGCUGCACUAACUAGCUGUGAGACCUGAUUUUCCCCUUAACUUUAUUCUUCAUGGAAAACAACACUUGUUCACUUGAAAAAUAAACUAGGAAAGCAGCUCUACAAGGGUCUACACAUUUCAAGGAAAGAAGAAAGACGUACUUGGAAAUCAUAUGGACGAAGAAAUGAGUCGCCAGACUGCCACAGCGCUGCCCACGGGAACCUCUAAGUGUCCUCCUUCUCAGCGCGUCCCAACCUUGUCGGGCACCACGGCAUCCAACAGUGACCUCGCCAGUCUGUUCGAGUGCCCGGUCUGUUUCGACUAUGUGCUGCCCCCCAUCCUGCAGUGCCAGAGCGGCCACUUGGUCUGUAGCAACUGUCGGCCCAAACUCACCUGCUGCCCUACCUGCAGAGGCCCGCUUGGGUCAAUCCGCAAUUUGGCUAUGGAAAAAGUAGCCAACUCCGUGCUGUUCCCCUGCAAGUAUGCCUCGUCAGGCUGCGAAGUCACCCUACCGCACACAGACAAAGCCGAGCAUGAAGAGCUUUGUGAAUUCCGGCCAUACUCUUGCCCGUGUCCUGGCGCAUCAUGCAAGUGGCAGGGCUCGCUUGAUGCUGUCAUGCCCCACUUGCUGCACCAGCACAAGUCCAUAACCACACUACAAGGUGAGGAUAUUGUCUUCCUGGCCACAGACAUCAACCUGCCUGGGGCGGUGGACUGGGUCAUGAUGCAGUCGUGCUUCGGUUUCCAUUUUAUGCUUGUGCUGGAGAAGCAGGAGAAAUACGAUGGUCACCAACAGUUCUUUGCCAUUGUACAGCUGAUCGGCACACGGAAACAGGCGGAAAACUUUGCCUAUCGGCUUGAGCUGAAUGGCCACCGGCGGCGACUCACUUGGGAGGCCACGCCACGCUCCAUCCACGAGGGCAUCGCCACUGCCAUAAUGAACAGUGAUUGUCUGGUGUUUGAUACCUCCAUCGCUCAGCUGUUUGCAGAGAAUGGCAACCUGGGCAUCAACGUCACUAUAUCCAUGUGCUGAGGACUAACAGCUUUGCGUACUUGAAUACACACAUACCUACAUGCAGACAAACAACAUUUCAAAACAACGCAAGAUACCUUGAGUUGUGCAUUGGGAAUUGGGGCAUAGCUAACCUAGGGAACUUUUUGCUGUUGUACGUUCCAAGUAAUCAUAAAAAAAAAAAAUAUUGUUUGAAGCUUGGCACGUCCAACCAGACUUUGCUCCUAAGUUCUCAGUUUUAUGCUACAGCAUUAUAUAAGUUAAUGUAUUGUACAUUAUUGAGAGCAAAAGUCAUUGCCCUUGAUGGUAUAGGAAAGCCGCCUUUUGUGGCAUGGACAUUUGCAUUUUGGCGUUUGGGACGACGGAACGGCACACCGAGCUUUAUGGCGUUUGGGGAAUAUUGAUCAAUUUUGGGGAUGGUUUGCUCAAAAUGUGCAACCCUUAGAGCAAGUUUUUGUUCCGUUUUGUUUCCCAAUAAGUUUUGCAUUUCAGUUCAGAAAACACUAACUUUUAGUUCCAGAUAUUUGGUUUUUGUUUUAUUCUAGUCAUCUUUCCUUUUUUCUUUUUUUUUUUUUUUUUUUUCCCCUGCUAACUUUACCUACCUUUAGAAUGAUACAGAAAGGUUCUGGUAAUUGGUGCAUGACCACUGGAUAAGUUAUAAGUCCAGAUUUCAUUUUAGAAGUCGUUUGUUUCUACCUGUCACUGCAGUGUCUCCUGUUUGUUUUGAAGGCAUGGUUACAGUCAGAACUUGGCUCAUGCACAUCAAGCCAUGUUACAAAAAUUAAGCAACUCAUUUCUUUAAAGAUGAUGGACACAUUUUAAACUUGUUAACAGCUGAGUUAAAUUUGUACAGCAUGGGCGAGACCACACACAGUUGAUAUGGAACCCUUCCAUUACAAACUGGAGUAAACACGGCAUUCAAUAUCAGGAUAGGAACAAGGGCAAUUACUACAGUUAUUAUAAUGAAAUUGUCAUAAUCAUUUUUUUAAAGACAUAAGAAAUUGAAAUGAAAAGGCUGUUGUAACCUUGUAGCUAAUCUUCAGUGUUUGUAGAUAGUGUUGUUCUUCAGAUGUCUUUUUCUCUUUUUGUAAGUCAAUAUUUUUGUUGCUGUUGUUCUUUGUAUGUCUGUAUUUCUGUAUUUGCAAGGAUAGGGUGAAGCAAAGCCAAACAUCUCUGUGGAUACAUUGUACUGUUGCUAGUCCUGAUCUCUAAUUUUAUUUAGUUUUAUUGUUUGUUUUUGUUCUAUUUUGCCAGUAAAUAAAUCUAUCUUUUUCA